AUGGGACGGCCAGUAACAAAAACAGCAACAACAACUAUAAUCACUGCUAUUACAACUACAACAACAACAACACCAAUUACACCAGCUACAACAACCACGACACCAAUUACACCAGCCACAACAACUACAACAACUAUUACCAUUGCUAUUACAACUACAACAGCUACAAUUACAGAGGCAACAACAACAGCAAUUGCAACUACUGAUACAAUUACAACAACCACACCCACACCCUCAAAAUUUCAACAUCUUGCAGCUUUAAAAUAG